GGUGCUAGUGCGGAGCUCGUACCUGGUCCCGCCCAGCUCCUCCCAUUUCUUGUGGAAUACGUAUCACGUCGCCAUUGACUGAGGGAUCCUGAUAAUUGUACGGGAGGCGGCGAGACACAUUCACACCCUCCACCCCCUUCUGUCUUUUUGGGACUCGACGGCGACGACGCACACCGGGCCACCGACAUGGCUCUGCUCCGCAACCUGCUUCUUCUCCUGCUGAUUGCCUUUCCGGUCACACUGCUCGGCAAUGGCAGAGGACCUUUUGCUGCUGCUCAAGAUGCAACAGAAGAUGAAGAAGCAAUUGAGGACUCUGUAGUUGAAGAUGAUGAUGAUGAGGCUGAAGUAGAAGAAGAUGAAAUAACAGAUCUGAUUGAAGAAAAAGAGGAAGAAGAAGAUUUGAGUUCUGGUGAACCGAAAGCUUCUCCCAAUGGCGACACCACUAUUUUGUUUGUUAAAGGAGAAGACUUCCCUGCCAAUGAAAUUGUGAAGUUCAUGGUAGGCUUCACAAAUAAGGGUAGCGAAGACUUCAUUGUUGAAUCGCUGGACGCCUCCUUCCGUUAUCCUCAAGAUUACCAGUUUUAUAUCCAGAAUUUCACUGCUUUGUCAUUGAACACUAUUGUUCCUCCUCAAAGACAAGCCACCUUUGAAUACUCCUUCAUUCCUGCUGAGCCAAUGGGUGGUCGUCCCUUUGGGCUGGUUAUCAAUUUGAACUAUAAGGAUGCCAAUGGAAAUUCAUUCCAAGAUGCUGUUUUUAAUCAGACUGUCACCAUUAUUGAGAGAGAAGAUGGUCUGGAUGGAGAGACAAUCUUCAUGUACUUGUUCCUCGGUGGACUUGGCUUACUUGUGACUGUUGGUCUACAUCAGCUUCUGGAGUCCAGAAAGAGAAAAAGGCCAACUCAGAAAGUGGAAAUGGGUACAUCUAACCAAAAUGAUGUGGAUAUGAGUUGGAUUCCUCCUGAGACUUUGAGCCAGAUCAUGCAAAGUAGACGAGACAAAGCUUCCCCAAGAAGAUCUCCACGUAAACGAGCCCAGAAGCGAUCAGCAGGAUCCGAUGAAUAAAGAGACUGCUCGGCAAUCUAUACUGUCCACUAGUGCUGCCCUCUCCUGACCCAGGGUGGAUAACAUUUGACAUCCAUAAUGGCAAACUGGAGUGGG